AUGUGCAUAUGCAGUGCCCACUUCGUGGGUAACGAGAGAAGUUAUAUAGCACAACACCCAGCAUACAUUCGAACAAUUUUUCCGAAGUGCUAUGGGAAAGGCGACGCCGUGAUACCUUCUACGAAGCUUGAGAGAUAUCGUCGGGAACUCUGUGGUGUUAGCAGUCAUGUAUUUGCUUUGCUGACAUUCCUACUUUCUCCUAUGAAUGCUCGGUGGGUCGAUGUACCAGUUUCACAAAAGCUGGUGAUGUUCCUCAUGAAAUUAAAGCUCGGUAUUUCAUUUGCUAGCCUUGGAGCACUUGUCGGUUUGCACUGCACAGGGGUUAGCCGUAUUUUUUUCUUCGUAUUGAGCAUGAGUGCCUUGACAGAAUUCAUACCGGAGCCGUCUCUUUCUGCAGUCCAAGCAUCAAUGCCAGCAUGCUUUAGGUUACAUUAUCCUCUAUGUAGAUUUAUUACAGAUUGCACAGAGAUAGGUACUGAGGAGCCAUCUACUGUAGAACAAAGGGCACUGUUUUCCCACUAUAAGGUUUGUUACACAUGGAAAUUUUUUAUAGGAAUUCUGCCAAACGGGGUUCUGACAUUUUUGUCAGAUGCAUAUGGGGGACGGGUAUCUGACACACGCAUAAAAUUAGAGUCUGAAUUUCUUGACAGGAUAGAACCUGGUGACAUUGUGUUAACAGAUAAGAGCUUUCCGGGCAUUAAAGCACCAACUGAAGGCCAGAAAGCAAUUUUGGUUUUGCCACCCUUUUCAAAAGGGAAUGGGCAGUUCACUCAUGAGGAAUUGUUGGAGACAUAUAAUGUUGCUCAGGUGCGCAUCCAUGUUGAGAGAGUCAUUCAACGUAGGGGGCGCGUGAAAAUGUUUAAUGUGCUAAAUACAAGAAUUCCUGUUGACCUGAUUCAUAACAUGGGUGAUAUUAUGCGUAUGUGUUGUAUCCUUGCUACCUUUCAGAUGCCGAUUUUCAGCGAACGGUUUCACGAUUUCCAGUACAAUGCAGAGGAAUGGGUGGCAAUUGUCAAUGCUCUCGAAGAUCGCGAAGCCUGGACGGACCAAAAGAAGCGGUACAAGGCUAUAUACCACCUUCAAAAUACUGCCACGGCGUGGCAUCUAUACGAAGGCGUGCGGCAGCAGUCCUUGACGGGCUGGAGCACCAAGCUCAUAGCUGCAUGCUUUUGGAUGCAGUCACCACCACCUCUCGACAACCACCCAGUGUAA